AUGAAUGACGCUUUCGACUAUUACUAUCAACACUUGUUCCUUUUAACGAAACAGUCGUCAUCUUCGACUUCGCCCUCCAACACCGUGCGAACGUUCGUCGAGGGCCAGGAGGAUUUGGAUGCGAUCGCGAAACAAAUCUCCGACCACGCGGAAGCCAUCUACCAGACCUGGAAGGCGCGCGGCUUAGCACCGACUGAGAUACUCAACUGUCACACCGGUGACGGUGCCGAGCAUGCCUUCAGCCAGGCGUUAAACCCUGCAAAUACACCGACCCAUCAGCCCGGCGGCACCUCCGUCGCAAUAUCCAGCGGGCAAUCCGGUCCGGCGGGAGUUGUGCCGGGCGGCAGUUCGUCGCCCACUUCCAACGCUGCCGGCGUAGCGGAACUGCUGGCCAAAGCGCCGAACCUCUCCAACAACAGCCUAGAGCAGCUGGUGAGUUCGUUCGUGAAUGAAGACAAGGCUCGCAUAGCGGCCCAGCGUCAGCAGCAGCGUGGAGGAGUUGUGCGGACACCGGCAACGGGCACGAGCUCGGCGAUCAAAAGUGUUUUGCAAAAGUUCGAACGAAAUGGUGCCAUCGGUGGUGAUGAUACAGUGAGUGGUGGUGUCGGUGUGUCGGAUGUCGUGGGUAGGCCAAGCUAUCUGCGCACUAGCGGUGCCGGCGGGAUCGCCAAACCCACGAGCCAUUUAGGUAAUAGCAGUAGCAACAAUAAUAACAAUAAUUUUAACACCCUGAAUAAGAACGACGUCCCGGACGUGCUGAAGGACACGAUCGUCGAGUCAAAGCCGGGCGGAACUGUGCGCGAAAAACCGCAAACCCCAGUGAAACCGGAGCACCUGCUCAACCAUGUGCCGAGCUGGCCGCUAAAGAACCGCGUGGUUAAAACCGGAGGCGCCGGCACGAAGGUGAUUGGCGGCAGUGCCUCCACACCCGUCAGCUUCGCGAAGAACACCGCGGAUCUUAUGGAUGAAGUGUCGCGGGAGGAAGAACGUCUGAUAAACGCGCUUAAAACCGGUACCGUGCUGAACAGUAGUGAUAGUGUUUUACCCGAAGUGAUCACCUCGACCCUGCCCGAUCGUGACGUACCGGACUACGGAUCCGUUGUGGACCAUCGGGCACAGUUGGCAGGACUGAGUAGUGGCGCCGGCAGCAGCCAUAGUGCAAGCGGCAGUGCUAUUUACAACACUCAAUCCGGUCCCGUCGCAGCAAUGGUGACCGCGGCGUCCGCCGGCAAUGGCGGCGGCCCGAUUGUGGCCGCCACCAACGGUUCGCCGACACUGAACGGCAACGGUACGGCGAAUGGCAACGGUACCACAAACCACAGCUCCGGUGACACGCCAAACGUGAAACACUGGAACGGGGUACCGAUGAAGCCGAAUCACAUACCGAUCCUGAACAUACACCAGAUACGCGAGCAGGAGAAGCUGUCGAUGAAUUUUACGCGCAAUGUCGCGACGACACGGUUACCGAAGGAUUUUGGCCGCACAUCGGUCGACGAUGAGAAGAAGCUCAACAUGCAGCCGAAAACCAUCCCGAGCCCGAUACGGCCCUUCCUGUCCCGUGGUUCCGUCGCCGAACGUGUACUAAUUUUCGAAAAGUGUCCCGAGAAAGCACCGCCACGGGAACGAGUGAAAGAACCGGUAAAGCUUCAGUCCAAGCCUGUCAACCGACUGAUUCCGCCAAACAUUCACGCAACGCUGCAGCGACAUCUGAAAAACUCAACCAAAGCCCCCUACAUACCGCAAUUCCAUUUCCCAAAUGGCAAACCACCGCCAACGAUUACGACGGAAACGACGAUGCAGCGAUUGGAGCAGGUUUUCGACAAGAUGCCAAACUACGAGUGCACCCGAGACAGCUUCCAGGUGAUCGUUCAGAUGUGCCAGGUGCCCCAGUACUGGCGCUUGCCACUCUUCAUGUGUACGCAGCUAACGCCGAAUGGUGCCGUUGACGGAGACAAAUUCCUUCACUUCUGGCGACAGAUGACAUCUUUCUGUCACGAUGCAGCAUCACGAUUUGUCUACAUAAUGUCCCGCGGUGAUCGUACGCGGCCUUAUAUCUUACCGGAGGAUUUCGCACCAUUGAUACAGGAUGUAGUCGAUACGCACCCAGGUUUGGCAUUCCUCAAGGAGGCAGCCGAAUUUCACUCCCGCUACGUACACACCGUGAUAGCACGUAUCUUCUACAACGUGAACCGGAGUUGGACCGGCAAGAUCACGACGGCGGAACUGCGGAAGUCGAACCUGCUGGACGUAAUUCAGCUGUUAGAGGAGGAGGAAGAUAUUAAUCAAAUUAUGGCGUACUUUAGCUAUGAGCACUUCUACGUCAUCUAUUGCAAAUUCUGGGAACUGGAUCGCGAUCAUGAUCUCUACAUUGACCAGCAGGAUCUGGCCAGACAUAAUGAUCACGCUCUGUCGUCGCGAAUGAUCGAAAGGAUCUUCUCCGGUUGCGUUACGCGAAGUCCCCGGCGAGGCAAUAACAACCCAAUGAUACAGGGUCCGAACGGUCCAAAAAUGUCGUACACCGAUUUUGUUUGGUUCCUGCUGGCAGAAGAGGACAAAUCACAUCCGACUGCCAUCGAGUAUUGGUUCCGUUGUAUGGAUGUCGAUGGUGACGGUGUGCUUUCAAUGUACGAGCUGGAGUACUUCUAUGAGGAGCAACAACACCGCAUGGAAUCGCUCGGAAUAGAAACGCUUCCAUUCGAAGACUGCCUGUGUCAAAUGUUGGAUAUGAUAAAACCAGCAACACCUGGCUGUGUAACAUUGGCCGAUCUAAAACGAUGCAAGAUGACUCCCAUUUUCUACGACACAUUCUUCAAUCUGGAGAAAUACAUGGAGCACGAACAGCGUGAUCCAUUUGCACAGCGUGAAAAUGAUGAUCUUUCGGAUUGGGACCGAUAUGCAGCCCAGGAGUAUGAAUUGCUGGUGGCUGAAGAAGGCGGAGAUACGCAAGGCCAAUGCUACAUGUUUGGCCAGCCUUUGCUAUCGACCGUGCCGGGUACAGCCAGAUCACGACUGCCCGUACCAUCUUUGUUGCAAGUGGGUGUCAUCGGGCCUGCUGCCAGACGCAGUACGACGACCACCACCAUGAUUAGUAGUAGUAGUACCGUGCAUUGCACGUCCGUGUCGGCGACGACCGUACACCAUUCGCGCUCAUCGGCCCAACGCGCCGGUACGUGCAAGGCCACUAGCACCGCUUCAAGCUCUACCAGAGGCGGCGGCGUCGGCGGCGACGGUUCCAGUAGCGGUUCCACGUCCCAUGCCAACAACAACGGUCGCAAAGAGCAUGGUGCACCGGAAGAUGUCACCGCUGCUGCAUCACAAGCACCGAUGCAAUCGAGCCGCAAAAUGAUGGCACUCGACAGUGAUCCUAAUACCUUUUAUAGCGCAUUUCUGGUGUAA